AUGCUGCUGCCAAAGAUGAGGAAGCUAUCGUUUUCGAUGCUAAUACACCUGCUGGUGUUACUGAUCGGCGGUGCAAAGUGUGAACCACAGGAAGGAUACUUUUAUCCACGGCCCACGCCACAAUGCGUGCCACAAGUCUUCACCGAAACGGUCACGGAUUAUGCGACCGAAACGUUGAACCACUUCUUUACGGACGUCAACACGGUGUACCUGACGGACUAUUUGACCUCCACCGUGGUCAAUCCGGUGCUUAUCACCUCCACCGAGUAUGCCGUAUCGACAGUGUUCGUUCCACAGCUAGAAUAUGUGACGGAAACAAGCACCCUGGUGUUGCAACCGAGCCCAGUCAUCCAGUACGUUACCGAAACCGUGGUCUCGACAGUGUUCUCACAGGGAGACUUUAGUGGUGGUGCCGCUGUCAACACUUAUCUCCCACCGGAACCGGCUCCACUGCCAGUGCCUUUGCCCCUGCCGAAUCCGGUAAUUAUUAACAACGGUCUUCAGGUACAGCAACCACCACUACCGCCGCCGCCACCCUACAUCCCACCGCCGCAGGUAUCUCUGCCCCCGGUGCUGGAGCAUCCCGUAACACAUCAACCGUUCCUUCCUGCGCUUGACGAAAACUUCCAAGGACAUCGUUUGCUCGGUGAGCCGAGCAUUGGUGCGGAUGCAUUUGGAGGUGUUCACUCGCUGCCGAACGUUCACGCAGUGCCACCGACGUACGACGAUCACGACGGCUAUCGCUACAAACGCAAGCUGGCGGAGGAAACGACGAAAAAAUCGACCACCACAACGGUUUCACCAAAGUCGGCGUGA